AUGGAGACAGUUUGGCGGCCUGCUGAUAUCAGCAGUAUUUGUCCUGAACAGCAAGCACCUCUGACACAAUGUUCGGGAACAGGCUUCAUGUUUUUGACUCUCGUAACUCAAUUAUUUGGCGGUGUAUCAUAUAGUGUACCGGAACUUAAGGAAAAUCCAUACCAAAGAUAUUUGUAUCCACAAAGUUACCCAUCAUUUCCAGAAAGUUCCAUAAGGUCAACCUAUGAUUAUCCUUUACAAGCCUAUAAGUCUGAUUUCAAUUUUGAAACAUUUCAUCCAAUACCAUCGUAUCAAGGAAAGAGUUACCAAUCAAAAUCUUAUAACCCGUACAGCCAACCUAGUUAUAACGGUUUUAAAAAUGACUAUUCCAAAUUCGAAUCUAAGUUACCAGUUUUCGACUUCGAUUUUCUAAAAAAUUCAUUUGAUGAUUUAAUGACUGCUGGAGCAAUGCCAGCACAGGUUGAAACGAAGUCAAAAAUGGAGUCAAAAAGAACUAAGAGAGAAAGAAGAUCAAGAAAGAAGAGACACUCCGAAGAAUAUGAUUUCAUUAUCAUCGGAGCUGGUUCCGCUGGAUGUGUUCUAGCAAAUCGUCUGUCAGAAGUAAAGAAAUGGAAGGUGCUUCUAAUAGAAGCAGGACCUGAAGAGCCAGAUGUAACAAUGGUGCCUGCAUUUCCCCCCGUUCUUGGAAGAUCUAAUAUCGACUGGAAUUACAGGACACAGCCAGAAAAACUAACUUGCAGAUCCAUCAGAGGUCAAACAUGUGCCUGGACAAGGGGCAAGACUAUGGGAGGAUCCAGUGCAGUCAACUACUUAGUGUAUAUGAGAGGAAACAAACGCGACUAUGACAACUGGGCAGAACUCGGCAAUCAUGGCUGGAGUUAUCGAGAAGUCUUACCAUACUUCAAAAAGUCUGAAAAUAAUAGAGAUAUAGAAUCUCAUGAUAAAUAUUAUCAUUCAGUUGGUGGUCCCUUAAACGUUGAAAGAUUUUCGUAUGUCGAUGUAAAUACAAUGAUGUUAGUUGAAGCCUUUAAAGAAAAAGGUUUACCAAUAAGAGAUUUAACUAAAGAAGAUAAUAUCGGAACUGAUAUAGGACUAUCUACUUCUAAAGAUGGACGACGAGUAUCAACAAACAUUGCAUUUAUCAAACCAAUACGAAAUGUCAGACCUAAUUUACAUAUCGAAGUAAAUGCCUUCGUUACUAAAAUUAUAAUAGAUCCUCAUACAAAGACUGCUCAUGGAGUGAAUUAUAUCAAAGAUGGUAUCGAGCAUUAUGUGUAUGCUAAAAGGGAAGUUAUUCUCAGUAGUGGAGCAAUAAAUUCCCCAAAAAUACUUAUGCUGUCGGGUAUCGGUCCUAAGCAUCACCUAGAAAGUUUAAAUAUACCUGUACUAUCUGAUUUAAAUGUAGGUCAAAAUUUACAAGACCAUGUAACCACUGAAGCCUUGACUAUAUCUCUAUCAAACAAAACUUCAACUUUAGUAAGUGAGCAUGAAUUAUUAAAUGAGGUUUAUAAAUACCAACAACAACAUCCUAAAAAGCAUGGACCAUUGGCAACAACUAGUACUUUAAACGGUAUAGCCUUCAUCAGAACGAAAUAUGAAUAUGAAAACGUACCAGACAUUCAAUUUCACUUUGACGCAAGAAACGUUGAAGAAUUUUAUUCAGAUCCCACGACAUACAUAGCAACGAACAUACUGCCUCUGUCUUUCUAUAAUGGUCUUGCAGCGAGACCUCUCUUACUUGUACCAAAAAGUAGAGGAAUUAUUCUAUUGAAUCAUACUGAUCCAAUUUUUGGACCACCAUUAAUAUAUCCAAGAUUUUUCACGGUAAAAGAGGAUUUAGAUGUAUUAGUAGAAGGUUUACGGUAUGCUGUUAGUUUAGAAGAAACAGAUGCAUUCAAGCACAGUGGUGCAAGUUUUGUUAAAAUACCAGUACAAGGCUGUACAGAAUAUAUUUGGGGGACAUAUGACUAUUUCGCAUGUUUGCUUAUAGAAUAUACUGGCACGAUAUAUCAUCCAGUUGGCACAUGCAAAAUGGGCCCUGAAUGGGAUACAGACGCAGUUGUUGAUCCGAAAUUACGUGUUUACGGUAUUAAAAAAUUAAGAGUAAUUGACUCUUCUAUUAUGCCAGUUAUAAUUAGGGGUAACACGAACGCACCAACAAUCAUGAUAGCAGAAAAAGCAUCAGACUUAAUCAAAAGAGAGUGGUUAUCGUAA